CCAAUGUGUGAGAGACGAAGACGCGGCAUAACAACUGUUUGCGGUAUCAACUGCACCUACUAAUUUGCGUCGACAUUGUUGCUCACACACACUCUCUCUGUGCAGUUUAAAGACAAGGCUGGUGGCCACAGAUACCUCAAAUGUUGAUCCUCAAACCCUUUAUUUCAGCUCCAUCCACUAGCAAUUGGAGGAAGGACUCUUCAUCUGCUGACAAGAUGGGGAAGACGAAAAGAGAAAAGCUUCGUAAACAGUUCUUACAAAUUAUUUAAUGUAAUAAAACUAUGGCUGUUGUAGCAAAGAGUACCUUAGGCGAAGCCAAGUUUUUUUUUUUUUUCAAAUUCUUUUUGUAUUCCUACACUUUUGACAACAAAUGGUGAUAGAGAAAAUAUUAAGGAAGAAAUCCACAGUGUUUCUGAUGACUAAUUUGAAUUUAUGCCGAGUAGAUCCACAAUGGAGGCUAUUUAUUUAAUGAGACUGUUGAAGAGUGUAGGGUAAACAUAAUAUCUAUGGAGAUUCAGUUGACGUCAACAUGAAAGUCCAUAGAAGAGUGGAGGUAGUUUGUCUUGGUAUGUUGUCACCAAGAAAAUUCAUGCAAAAGAGGAAGAAAGUAGAUGUUUUCAAAGAUGCAGCUGAUGAAGCAGAUCAGAGGAGUUGGAGGAGACUGAUGAAGGAAAUUGAUGAAGCAGGUUCUGCUGUUCUGAUUCUCAGAAGCCAAAGGACCAAGAACCAGGCUCUUCCUAGAGACUUGGUUCUGGGUACCUUGGUUAGAUUUAAGCAGCUAAAGAAGUGGAACCUUGUUAGUGAGAUUCUUGAAUGGCUUCGGACUCAGCAUUGGUGGGAUUUUAAUGAAAUGGAUUUUCUGAUGCUUAUUACGGCUUAUGGAAAGCAAGGAGACUUUAACAAGGCUGAAAAGGUUUUAAGCUACAUGAACAAAAAGGGUUAUGCCCCAAGUGUGAUAUCUCACACUGCUCUUAUGGAUGCAUAUGGAAGAGGAGGUCAAUACAAUAAGUCGGAGGCAAUAUUUCGAAGGAUGCAAUCUUCGGGCCCUGAACCCUCUGCUUUAACAUAUCAAAUAAUUCUUAAGAUAUUUGUUGAGGGAGGCAAGUUUAAAGAAGCUGAAGAAGUCUUUGAAAACCUUCUGAAUGAGGAGAUUUCACCUUUAAAGCCAGACCAGAAAAUGUUCCACAUGAUGAUUUACAUGUAUAAGAAGGCUGGGAGUUAUGAAAAAGCUCGUAAAACUUUUUCAUUGAUGGCGGAGCGUGGUGUUCAGCAAUCUACAGUUACUUAUAAUAGUUUAAUGUCAUUUGAAUCUAAUUACAAGGAGGUGGCGAAUAUCUAUGACCAGAUGCAAAGAGCCGGUCUUCAACCUGACGUUGUGAGCUAUGCCUUACUCAUUAAUGCUUACGGAAAAGCUAGAAAGGAAGAAGAAGCCUUAGCUGUUUUUGAGGAGAUGCUCGAUGCUGGUGUCAGGCCAACACAAAAAGCUUAUAACAUCUUGCUUGAUGCAUUUGCAAUCUCGGGAAUGGUGGAACAAGCUCGGACAAUCUUCAAAAGCAUGCGAAGAGACAGAUGUAGUCCAGAUCUUUGCUCUUAUACAACCAUGUUAUCAGCUUAUGUGAAUGCAUCUGACAUGGAGGGUGCUGAAAAGUUCUUCACAAGAAUAAAACGAGAUGGAUUACAACCAAAUAUUAUCACUUACGGGACACUGGUCAAAGGGUAUGCAAAGGUAAAUGAUCUUGAGAAGAUGAUAGAGAAAUAUGAUGAAAUGCGGGCUCAUGGUAUCAAAGCCAACCAGACCAUCUUAACUACAAUCAUGGAUGCAUAUGGUACAAACAGAGAUUUUGAUGCUGCUGUAGUUUGGUUCAAAGAGAUGGAAAUUUGUGGGGUUCCUCCUGAUCAGAAAGCAAAGAAUAUUCUUUUGUCUUUAGCAAAAACCGUAGAAGAACAAAUGGAAGCUAACCAGCUUGUAGGACAUAGCAAUCUUUAUGCCAAUCAGCAAUUGGUUGAUGGGUUACCCAAGUAUGUUGAUGAUGAUGAGGCCAAUAGUGAUGAAGACGAUGACCAAGAGGAUGAUGCAGGACAGAUAAUCUCUUUUGAAGAAAAAGAUGACUCGACGACAGCUAUCUGUGGUUAGCUUCAACACAACCAAGUGUUGUGCAUGCUCUAAAUUUUGUAUCUGGAUUCUUGCAUUUAGUAGUUUAGCAGUACACAGAUAGUUCCUCUUUUUUUUUUUCUUUUUUUUUUUUGGUUUUUUGGGUAGUUGUUUCGAUGAAUUUAGUUGCAAAACGUUGUCUGGAAGUUCUGUAAAGAUGAAAUCACUCAAAUGUGCUAUAGCAUUUGGAAAUAGAUCAAUCCUACUUUUCAUUGUC